AUGGAUGUAAUAGCUGAUCUGCCGGAUCAAGAACGACGAUUAGUCGCGGAAAUGGAUCAGCAGGUUCCCCAAGCGACGGCACCGCUCCCUACAACUGCCGAAACGGGUGAGAUUCAUCAGCAAAUAACACCGAACCAACUCCCGAUUCAACACUCGAACGCAGAUUUGACUAAUCAGACAUUAACUAUACCUCAAAUUCCGCCAGCGGUUGAGUUGCCACCAGCAGCAAACAUUCAUCAACCACUGGUCAUAAACAAUCAGCCAAUAGUGGUACGACAUCACUAUCACUAUAGUCAGCCUCAACACCAGUGGCAACAACAGAUAUUGAAGAGCAUCCAGCAAACUUUAUUGCAAGCUUACCCGUUCCAAGAAUUUCGUUGCUAUCAAUAA